CAGUGGCCAACCGGUGAAGUUAGACUAAGAAAACAUAAGAUGAGUGUUUAAAAAUAUGUGAUUUUGUUUAAACUUAAUUUAACAUCUUGUUGUAAUGUGUUAACUAGGUCAUUGAGUGUUGUCCAAAUACAAAAUUAUUCUGGACAUGUCAAGCAAUACUGAACAGCUAGAUAUAAGAUCACCGAAGCUUGAUGCAGAUGUACCGAAAUCUUCACCUGCUCAAAUAACAGAUGAAAUAAUUAAUAAUAAUUCAAAACAAGCACAAAUGUCCGAAAAUUCUUUGAACAUUUCUAACGCAAAUAAUGACCAUCAGUUGAAUAUGAAUAGUGACGAAGAGGAAGAAGUAUUUGUGGUCGAAGAAGCACAGCGCAGAAAUAACGAACCCACAACCAUUAUGGGUGGUGGGGCUGCUAGUGUUGGUAGUGGCAUUGAAACACCCGUUGGUAUUGGUAAUGGAAAAAAUACACAAGCGAACGACUAUUGGAAUCGCAAUGGACAUCAUAACCGAGCAGUGAGUCCAAGUGCGAUGGACAACAUGAGUGAAGUUUCCUCACAGCCACCAGUUGUGCCAUUGAUACGUUCAAAAUCUCGGCCAGAAUUAUCGUCUUCUAAUCAAAUAAAUAGUGUUAUGAGUGCUGUAAGUCGUUAUUCAAAUUUGUCAUAUUGGAAAGCGAGGCGAGUUGUGUUUUAUCGAAAUGGUGACCCUUUUUUCCCGGGAGUGGAGUUGAGAUAUCGUCCAGGACGUGACAUCACCUCAAUGGAUAGUCUUCUGGAUAAAAUUUCUCCAAAAAUGGAUUUACCACGUGGGGCGCGUUAUAUAUUUUCGAUGGACGGAGAUCGCAAGUAUAGUCUUGAUGAGCUUGAAGAUGGAGCCAGUUAUGUUGUUUCAUCAUUUAAAUCGUUUAAACCUGCUAGCUACGGUAAGAAGAACGGUAUGUGGUAUGCCUCUCCAGGAAACCAGGGUUGGGGAUCAAAGCCAAUAAGUCGAAAACCGUCUAUAAUGGAAGCAGAUUUGGGAACUCUAUCAACUACAUCUGGGUCAAUUAAACGCAGUGCGGGAAGAGUUAUACGCAUUAUAAAUAGUUUGGAUCAUUCAGUUCAAUGUCGUGUACUUCUUAAUUUACGCACUUCACAACCAUUUGAAGAUGUUUUAGAAGACCUGGGCCAAGUUCUUAAAAUAAAUGGAGCUAAAAAGAUGUAUACAGGAACUGGACAGGAGGUGCGAAGUUUCUCACAACUUCGAAACGAAUUUGCAGAUGUAGAUACUUUUUAUUUAGCAACCGGGGCAUCAAUUAUUGCUGGUUCUCCGAUUCGAAGAUCAAGAUCACGACCUUCUGUUGUUCCGGCACCAAUUUCAACCGAUGAGCUUCCAAAAGUUCCCAUUAGGGGAGCAAGACCUAGGAGUAAAAGUCGUCCUAGAAUUUUAUAUGCACCGGAGAGUGAAAUACUUCGACCAAGCGGUGAAUAUUCUAUGUUAGAUAUUAUAAAAGAAGAACCUACCAAAGUCACUAUACGAGGUUUAAGAAGAACGUUUUAUCCACCGAUUCAUCAUGCACCAGCUGAUAAUUCUCCACCAGAUAAAAAGCUGCAGUUACAAUGGGUUCAUGGUUAUCGAGGAAUCGAUGCUCGCCGCAACCUUUGGGUACUUCCGUCUGGAGAGCUUCUUUAUUAUGUAGCUGCUGUGGCAAUAUUGUUAGACCGUGAAGAAGAAGCUCAACGACACUACACGGGUCAUACUGAAGACAUUAUGUGCAUGGAUGUCCACCCGUCAAGAGAGUUGGUAGCAUCUGGACAAAAAGCUGGUCGCGAUAGAAAAUCUCAAGCUCACGUUAGAAUCUGGAGUACAGAAUCCCUCCAAACUUUAUAUGUUUUUGGUAUGGGCGAACUUGAUACUGGUGUAACUGCUGUCACGUUUUCACAAUUGAAUGGUGGCAGUUAUAUUUUGGCAGUUGACAGUGGCCGUGAAAGCAUUCUUUCAGUAUGGCAAUGGCAGUGGGGUCAUCUUUUAGGAAAAGUUGCGACGAUGCAAGAAGGACUCUCGGGUGCUGCCUUCCAUCCACUUGAUGACAAUUUAAUCAUAACACACGGUCGUGGUCAUCUCGCUUUUUGGCACCGACGAAAAGAUGGAUUUUUCGAGCGAACGGAUAUAGUCAAACAACCAUCAAGAUCUCAUAUAACAAGUGUACAAUUUGAGCCUGAUGGUGAUGUCGUAACAGCAGAUUCGGAUGGAUUUAUAACAAUCUACAGUGUUGACUCUGAUGGAGCAUAUUUCGUACGCACAGAAUUUGAAGCUCAUAACAAAGGAAUAGGAUGUCUUAUAAUGCUUGGGGAAGGAACUCUUUUAUCUGGUGGAGAGAAAGAUCGAAAAAUAGCAGCAUGGGACUCUUUACAAAAUUACAAGAAAAUUGCUGAAACAAAGCUGCCAGAAUCCUCCGGAGGAGUUCGAACAAUAUACCCUCAACGACCAGGAAGAAAUGAUGGGAAUAUAUAUGUGGGAACGACAAGAAAUAACAUUCUUGAAGGCUCCCUACAACGACGGUUUAAUCAAGUUGUUUUUGGCCAUGGUCGCCAACUCUGGGGACUUGCUGUUCAUCCAGAAGAUGAAAUAUACGCUACUGCUGGCCAUGAUAAGCACAUUGCACUUUGGCGAAAACAUAAACUUAUUUGGUCAAUUCAAACUGGGUACGAGUGUGUUGCCCUAGCAUUUCACCCAUUUGGAACUGCUCUAGCAGCUGGUAGUACAGAAGGUCAUCUACUUGUUAUAAAUGCUGAAAAUGGUUCAGUUAUGUUAACAUUGAGAGUUUGUGGAUCCCCAUUAAACUGCAUUGCGUAUAAUCAAGUUGGAGACAUGAUCGCAAUGGGUUCGCAAAAUGGAAGCAUUUACCUGUUUCGUGUUUCUCGGGAUGGAUUCUCAUAUAAAAAAGUUAACAAAAUUCGUGGAUCUCAACCACUUACCCACUUGGAUUGGAGUAUGGAUGGCAAUUAUGUCCAAACAGUUACAAUUGAUUUUGAUUUGCUAUUUUGGGACGUUAAAUCGCUGUCGCCGGAACGUAGUCCGAUUGCGAUGAAAGAUGUUAAAUGGUUGACAAAUAACUGUACGGUCGGAUUUCUUGUGGCUGGAAUUUGGAACAACCGAUAUUAUAGUAAUACAUCGACGAUAAUUGCUACCUGUAAUCGUUCUUCUAUUCAUGAUAUGUUAGUAUCAGGAGAUGCCGAUGGAUAUUUGCGUUUAUUUAGAUAUCCAUGUACGAGCCCAAGAGCUGAGUUUAAUGAAGCGAAGGUCUACUCGGGAAUGUUAGCAUGCGCACGGUUUCUAUUUGGUGAUCGCAACAUAGUUACUGUCGGUGGUACCGAUGCAUCAUUAAUGAUUUGGGAUUUAGUUGAUGAAUAGCCCAAAUGGCCACCGUGGCGAACUGCUGCAACUUAUGAAGCCCGCUAUACAGAUUAUUGGCGCCGACGAACGAGCAUGGUAUCUUCUACUCUUAUCGACAGUGAUUCUGAGAUAUAACGAGUUUUUUUUUAUUGUAAAAGCGUGGCGCGGCAUAGUUAUUAAGGUUUUCAAGUCUUACCAUUGGAUAUUAAAGUCUUCAAUUUAUUAUUAUAUAAAUCGUUUCAAAAAUUAUCUUCCAUUCAAAUAUUUAAUUACAAAAAUUUGUUCAUAAGUAGAUAAAACAGUUGCACUGCUAAAAGUUUUCAUUGGCAUAUUUAUAAAAAAAAAUCAAAAAAUCUUUUAAAAUUAAACGCAAAAUCAAUUAAUUAACCGUCUAUAAAAAAUACAAAACGAAUUAUUUUCUGCAAAAAUUAAAUAUAUUAUUCUACAACGUUCAAUUUGACAACCCAAUAGCAAAACUAAAUACAUAAAACCAUUGAAAGAACUGCCCCUCUUAAAACAUUUGUAUUGAAAAAUGUUUGUGUUUUUAAUUUAUUCACAAGCAACUUACGAGUUGUAGUUUGAAUACAAAUAAGUUAAAUUGUUUUUAGUUAAUUUUGUUUAAAGGGUCAAUAUUUAUUUUGUAAUAAAUAUUUCCUAUCCAAAAUUCGAAAAGAUUGUUGAAUUUAUAGCGAAUUUAUCCAGCAUUAAAAAUUAGUU